AUGGAAACACGACACACGACCUGCCAUCUCUCCCCGCCAUCCCAUCGGCGCGUCCUCGGCGCGAAGUUGGCUUCCCCUCUUGACUUUCACCACACCGCUCCGGGCCACGCGCUGACACCUGCUACACUCGAGUACACCCUCAAACACACGCUCACUGCCCUCAAGACCGCGCCGGACCGCAUCCUCACCUCACACACUCACCCACCCUCUUUCUUCGACCCUCCCGCGCUCACAAACGAGAUGUCAAUCUUCACUGCCUCCGCCGCCGUACAGAAGCGCUCGCGCGACGAUGGCGAGCCCGAAGUGUCGCCUGGCAAGCGCGUCAAGACAUUCGACUUCCACCGCGAACCCGCCGCGGCUCAGCAUGUCUCCGCACCGCCGCCAACCAGCUUCGCCGGCGCGCUCGCUCAGCAACAGCAGCGUGCGCUCGAGAUGAUGGACCAGGGCGCGAUGGACCGCGAGGAUGUCGAGAUGGACAUGGACGCGGCCGAGCGCUUGGAGAGCAACCCGGUUCACCCGUGGACGGAGGCGGUUAGCGCGCCGAGGAUGCUGCACCAGCACUCGAACAACUCGCUCUCGACCGCCUCGUCGUCCUCGAUGCCCGGCACUCCCCUCGACCUCCCCUACAAUGAGCAGUGGAACCCGUCCGCCGGCGGACCGUUCUGCCAACAACAACAGCAGCCGUCGCAACACGACAUUCGCCUCCCCUCCACCUCGAACCCGACCUCCUUCACCGACAUGAACGGCCGCACACACGUCUUCUCUUCCUCCCCUCCUCUCUCGGCGUACCCUCCGCCACCCCCCUCCCCAGCAGGCGGCGCCUUCGCCCAGCCCCAAGCUCCCGCCGCGCCACUCAACUUCCCCUCGAACCCGUGGUCCUCGCAAAAGACCACUUCGGGCGUGAUGCGCAUGUGCACGGGCGUCUCGAUGGGCGCAGGGAUCGAGCUCGACUCGGCUGUGCGCGAGUUGGAGCAUCCGGUGUACUAUGGGUGGGAUUGCCCGAGGCAGAGCAACACGCUCAAUAUGGGCGCGCAUCUCAUCUGA